AACACAUAGAUUGACAAGUGACAUCUGCAAUUUCUGCAAAUACAUCUAACCUCAAAAUUUUAAGUCAUACUUAUAUAGAAAUAGUUUCAUCUUACGUACUCUAUAAUUUUUAAGGUUCAUCUUUUUAAAUUACAUUUACAAUUUAAAUAUCACAUAUUUUAUAUAUUAUGGCAGACAUCAGUGAAGAAGAUGAAACACUUAAAUUAGAGCAAAAGCAUAAGAAAGAAAAAAAAGAGCUACAAGCUCAAAUUCAGGCUCUGAAAAAGGCAGCCAAAAAUGAUAAAACAAAGAAAAAAGAACUCAACGCAGAAAUAACAAAAUUAGAAUCUAAUUUAGAAGAACGCCAUAGAAAGGAAAUUGAAACAAAUGGAAAUGGUACAAGCCCUGAUAUAGAAUCAGAUGUACAAGUUGUAGAAAGCGAUAUUAAACCAAAAAUUUCAAAAGCCCAAAAACGCAGAGAUAAAAAAAUACAACAAGAGAGAGAUCGUGAGAAAGAAAUCAAAAUGCAGGAAAUAGAAAAUAUCAAUGGACCUCGAAACAUAGAAAAUCAAGAAAUAAGUAAACGAUUAGAAGAAAGAAAUUUGAAAAUUUGCCCAAUACCCUCGGAUGGUGAUUGCCUUUAUAAAGCUGUUGCCCAUCAAUAUGAACUUAAGUAUGAUAAGAAAUUACAAGUAGAUGCUUUAAGAGAUAGUGUAUCCCAGUAUAUUUUAGAACACAAAGAAGAUUUUAUGCCAUUCCUCACUAAUACUGAUACAAAUGAAAUGCUAACUGAUCAAGAAUUUGAAGAAUAUUGUGACAAAAUAAAAAACACAAAGGUGUGGGGUGGACAGUUAGAGAUAAGGGCCAUUUCGAAUUGUUUAAAAUGUCCACUUACUGUGAUACAGGCUUCAGGACCUGAAGCAAUAGAACAAGGUACCGAGUUUCCUGGUCCGCCGCUAACCAUUUCGUACCACAGACAUAUGUAUAGUCUAGGGGAACAUUACAAUUCUACUCAAAUUAUCAAUAAACAUGAUGUUAAGUUAGAGGCGUAAAUUUUGUAUAGCGUCAACAUUAAACCACUACUAUAAACUUCUGAUUAUCAGUAGGAAUGGAAUGGACCUUAAAUAGUCAAUAGAAUUAAGACAAGUAUUAUUUGAAAAUAUUUUAUUUUACAUUAAAAUAGCAGUAUGAUAAUAAUUGGUUAAUGUACUGACUUAAUAAAAAACACCAUUUACUUUUGUAUUUGUAAAUGAUGUUUUUUUUAACCCUUUAGCUGCCAAAGUGAUUGUGUGAAGUUGAUUUUGCAACAGCUUCACCAGGGUGUUAUGUGCGCCAUAAGGUCAAACAAUGUCAUAUUUUUUUUAAAUAGUCAGUUCCAUCGUCGUUAUUAUGAUAAAAUGUGUCUUUUAUUUACUUAUUAUUAUUUGCGUGCUAGUAUUGUUUGUCAAAAAAAUAAUAAUAUUCUUAGUUGUGCUGAUGUACAGAUCGUUAUCCAUCAUGUUGUGUCCAGGGUAUUUAAUUAUUAUUUUUAAAAAGAGUAUAAAGACUUUCUUGGUGGUGGGCCCUUUUGCUAGACACUCUGGACAGUCACCACAUACUUAUCAUAUUCUACCGCUAAAUCUACAUGCCCAAGGGACAUAUAAUCUCAGUGCCUAAGUUCAUUGGUACAUAGUACAAGAAAUUAAUAAAAAAAUCUAUGGUGCCAAUGUCUAUGGCAGUGGUUAUCAGGUACUAUCAGAUGGUCUAUUCCCCACAUCACUCUAAUCCAAGCAUGGUAGUUAAAGGGUCAAUAUUGUGUUAAAAAAAUAUAGCAACUUUUUCGUUUUUUCAUAUAAAUAUGGAUACCUGAUACUCAGAAGAUUAAUGUAUGUAAUAAUAAUUUAUAUACUCUAAAUCUGAAAGUUAUAGCUUUUAAGUUAGAAGCAAUAUUGCUUUAAAAUAUAUUGAAAUGAGCUGCAUUUAUGCAAUCACAGGCCAUUAUUAUUGAAUAUAAAGGAUUUUA